GGUGAGGAGGAGCCGCAAGGACGGCGCAUGCGCAGUGCGAGCUCCGCAAGCUGCGGCCGGAGGGCGAAGCUGCGUUUUUAGGGUCUGCGGACGCCCCGGGAGGCUGGCGGAGGUCGGGGCUGGUUGGCUGUGACUGUCCACCCCGACGUCAGCAGCGCCCCAUCCGAGCUAAAGCGAAGAGCUCCACAUCGUCUGGUUCUUUCGCGGACGCCGCCCCAGAGCCCACCAGCAAAUGCUGUGUGAGCCCCGCUCAGGGAGACGCAGCGUCAGCCGGAGACUUAGCUGACUUAGGAGCAAAAUCACCAAAACCAGUAUGUAUUCUGUGUGGUUGUGAACGAUUGUUGAGCCAGAUUGAGCCUAAAGUGUUCCAGCUGCAACGUGAAACUGACUGUUGAGCUGUUCAUGAGCUAGGCGGUGUUGUCAUAUGAAGUUGAACAUGGCAGAAGAGGAGGAUUACAUGUCAGAUUCUUUCAUUAAUAUUCAAGAAGACAUCAGACCAGGCGUGCCAAUGCUGAGGCAGAUCCGAGAGGCCCGUCGUAAGGAAGAGAGACAGCAGGAAGCUAAUCUGAGAAACAGGCAGAAGAGCACGAAAGAGGAAGAGCGGGAACGACGCGACAUGGGCUUGAAGAAUGCACUAGGCUGCGAAAACAAAGGGUUCGCCCUGCUCCAAAAGAUGGGGUACAAGAGUGGGCAGGCUCUGGGCAAGAGCGGAGAUGGCAUUGUAGAACCAAUUCCACUCCAUGUCAAAACAGGAAAAAGUGGCCUAGGUCACGAGUCAUUAUUAAAACGGAAAGCAGAGGAAAGGCUGGAAAACUACAGGAGAAAAAUUCACAUGAAAAACCAAAAUGAAGCAAAGGCCGCCGAGCAGUUCCGGAUGAGGCUGAAGAAUAAGCAAGAUGAGAUGAGACUCGAAGGAGACCUGAGAAGAAGCCAGCGAGCUUGCCAGCAGCUGGACACCCAGAAGAAUAUUCAGGUUCCCAGGGAGGCUUGGUACUGGUUAAGGCCAGAAGAGGAGACUGAGGAAGAGGAAGAGGAAGAACAGGAUGAAGAUGAACACAUGAGUGAAGACAUGAGUGUAUGUCUGGGUACCAUGUGUCUCCUCAUAGCAGACAUCUUGGCCUUGGCACUGUUACCACCUGAAGCUGGGCGCUGGAAAAACUGCAGAUACUCACCGGCUACUUGCGAGAAGAGCAUCUAUAUUGCAUUUGGUGCGGGACAGCCUUCGAAGAUAAGGAAGACCUAUCUUCAAACUGCCCAGGACCAACCUCUGCAGAUCAUGACUGAGAUUCCACCCAAUAAAGUAAAAACUGUUGGUGCAGCUGAAGAAGAAGGCCUUUAUGUAACACUUUACUCUUUUAGGAGUAUGCUCUACUUUGGAUGAAUUGCUCACUGGCUUGGGAAAGAGCUACUGUCACUUCCAAAUACAAGUGUCAUAGACUUGGACAAUCAUGAUUUAUGCUAGCAUCGUGAUGCUUGUAGAAGCAUACCAGCAGGGAUCACUUCGUCCUCCUCUUUACUUGAGAAGUAAGGCAUCCUGUGAAUCAGGAAGUCAGUUGUCUGCUUUAGGGCUUGUUAGGGCUUGAGGUUUACCUUACUGGUGGAGCACCUGCCACGCCUGGGCAAGGCCCUGAACUACAGAACAAGGCCAUCUUCUCUCAGCAGCCCCUAUAGUCCUUAUCUGGAGAAACUGCUUGCCUGUCCUGUGCCUGAGGAGCAAGGGCCCACCUUGUGUUCUAGGACCAAUGUCUUGAAGAAAUAGUUUACCCCGGUUUGUCUUUCAGAGUAAUUAGACGAUAGGUCUCCAGGAAGGGAGCACACCACAGGCUGAGCCACAUAUGCUCAGUUCUGUACCUCAGUAGCACCUGUCAGAUAAAGCAUGUCUAGGGUCAGACAUCAAAGCCAUGGGUGUUUUUUCAAAGUGUAUAUGCUCAGUGUCCUCAAGUGGGUCAUUUCAACUGCUCUAGGGCUGUUCCUGACUAUCCUCUUCAUAAAUUCCCAGAGUGUGCAGCAGCCUGCCCUUGCUGUACAAAACACCACAGCAUCACAAUGGAAACAGGAGUGACAGUGAACACAGUCUGAACAGUGGGAGACCUAGGGGAGACCAUUGGACACUACAGUAGCUCUAAAUUUGGGUUCAUGCACAAAGCUGCGAGGAGGCAACUGCAAUUCUAAGCAUAGGGAAUUCUAGCCACACAAGUCUGGUCAUCUGCUUUGGGUGAUCUUAUAAUGGUCAAAAAGAACAAUCCAGAUGUCUAUUGGACACAUACAGUAAAUGUUGUAUAUUCAUACAGCAGGACCCUAUUUGGCAGCUAAGAGGAAUGCAUUACUGAAACAUGCUACAAUGUGGAUGAAACUUGGAAACAAUACUAUAUGAAAAAUACCCCUGUAUGGUCUUUAUUUACAUGCACAGAAUGGGCAAAUCUAUAGCCAGGAGGCAGAUCGGUGGUUUUUCUGGAGUUGGAAGAAGAUAAUGACUCUGUUAAUGGAUGUGGGUUUCCUUUGAGGUGACAAAAAUGUUUUAAAAUUGAGUAUAGUGCUGAUGCAACGCUGACUAAGCACUGCUAAGUUGUAGGUGUUGGAUAAAUGAGUUGUAUACAAUGUGAACUAUAAUACACAACAUUUUUACUAUGUUUAUUUACCUAGGUGAUGUGGGUGUGGGCAUGUGUACCGUGGGGCAUGUGUGGAGGCCAAAGGACUGACUACUUGUGUAAGUCUAGUCUUUCCUACCACGCAGGUGCUGGGGAUCGAACUCAGGACAUCGAACUUGAUAGCAGGUGCUUUUACUUGCUAAGUCAUCUCAUUGUCCCUAAAACUUGCUGUUUGUUUAAGUUGAGGGGAAUUUCAGGUACAAACAUCUGCAAAAACUGAGUGCCGGAUUCUGAUUGGGUCUGUGUAGCUGGGCCUUAAUCUGGUAAUAGCAAGCGUAGGCUUCAUGAUGGCAGCCUGCGGGGAGCAUAGCUGCUGAAUCUCAUAUUAGGUUUCCAGCCUCCAAAAGUGUAAUAAGUAAAUGACCAAGUGUAUAAUGUGAAUGACCAAGUCAGUGCUAAAGUGUUGCAACUCCAGGAAAUUAACAUAUACCACAACUAAAUGAACAUCAGCAGGGCUCUAUGUAUUGCUGAGCGUUUUGUUUGCCUCCCUCCUGAUACUAUUGCAGUUUUCAGUUAUAACUGAAGCCACAGAACGUAACUACACAGAUCUAACCAUGGGGACACCAUGAACCGCUUCCUGAGCGGAGGACAUGCUACACAUACAUGACUAGUUCCUCCAGCAAAUGUUGAGAAAAGAAAACCUGGGGAGUAUGCCAUAGAGGAAAGGGACAUGCCAACCAAAUGUAACCAUGAUCCUCCUGAUUUUAAACAGCCUAUAUAAAAGACAGUUUUGAAAUUGUAAAAUUGAUCCAGGCUAAUUAUAUGAUAAUUAUAACUCUUAGUUUAUUCGAGUAGCAGUGAUAUGUGGUUUUGUUAAUAUUAAAAAGAACUUGUCUGUUACAAGUCAACCUUUAGAUAUUUACAACUGAAGCACUAUAAUACCUGAGAUUCACUGUAAAAUAUUCCAGCCAAAGAAACAAAAAAGGGAGGGAUAGGUGUAACAACAAAGGUAAAAUAUUGUUUAUUAAAUCCACAUAAUGUUACAUACAGUCUCAACAUUCUUGUCUAUGCUUAAAGAUAAAAAUUAUGAGAAUUAAUAUUGAAUGAGAAUAUUUUCUUACAAUAAAAUGUUAACAUGCCCAAGAACCUCAUAUAAUGAUGAACAUUCAAGCGUGGGAUGGAUGUUGUAGGUCUGUCUGGUGAGUCUGCAGAUGAUGACUUAGAAAAGCUGACAAUUAGGUGUCUCAUGUCACAUGUAGAUGUGUUCACAGUGUGUACUUAGUGGACAUGUAGUCUGUAUGGUUGUACUAGACCAUGCUCAGACCAUGCCACUUAAAUAUCACCUUACAUUUCCUUUCAAACCGGCUUCCACAAAUUAUGCAACCAGCUAUAUUUAUACAUCUAUGUGUGUAAAUAUUUAUAUAUUUGAUAUAAAUUUAUGUUAAGUCCACAUGUCUAUGUAUGUGUGUGUGUGUUGGUAUUCGGUUUGUGGUAAAAAUUUCCUAGGUCUGUUCCUAGUCAAGCAAAUAGGUAAAAAAAAUUGUUGUUGUUUUUAAACUGCACCUGGAAUUAGCUAGUGAGGUCCUACUUUGUCCCACUGUUGCUAUGACUAAAAAGAUACUUUUUAUUUUCUGGUUUUUGGAGACUGAGAAAGUAAAUCCUCAGAAGUAAGUAAAAGAUGCUAAGAGAUAAUAAACUUAUUUCAUAAUGUAAAAAUAUUAGUAAAGGGAGAGUGAAAUGCUACACUCUCACUGGCCACAUUAUUUGGUAUUCCUCUUAAAUGUAGCUUCAUUCUUUAAAGCUAGGUAAUGUUCGUGUGUUUUUAAAGCGAUUUCAUUCCACCUAGAAAAAAACUGAAAAACGUCAAUAAGUCAAAUACCUGUAUACCUUCAUCUAUAUUUGCUAAUGUUCUUUCUUUUUCUUCUUAGUCUGUAACUCCAGCUCCAGGAGAUACAAUGCCUCUGUUGUCACUGUACUCGCAUACAAAGACAUGGACACACAAAUAAAAAUAAGUAUUUCUUAAA